AUGUUCGGAACAAAAAAGUUUCUACUAUUGCUAUUGGCCGUUGUGCUGAUGGUUGGAUCCAUUGAUGCCGCUGCAGUCCCCGAAAGAAAAUUGAAUUCAAAGAAGGAAGAAACAGAGGCCACCAAGGCUAGCUCAUCGAAGUCAUCUAAGAAGAGUGCUGCCAUGCACCCUACACCCCCCGAGCAUCCAAUGACUGAAGCACCCAAGCCCACUGAUGCUCCGAUGACCCAUCCUCCUAUGCCUUCCGCCGCACCCGAGCACCCAACUACUCCAGCACACCCAACUGCUCCAGCACACCCCAAGGGUAGCAAGAAGGGAGGAGACUCCAGUGGAAAGGGAUCCGGAAAGGGAGGAUCUGGAAAAGGAGGAUCCGGAAAGGGAGGAUCUGGAAAGGGCUCCAAGAAGUCUUCAAAUGAUGAUGGAAAAGGAAAGGGAGGAAAAGGAAAAGGAGGAAAAGGAAAAGGAAGCAAGAAGAGCAGCAAGAAGAUGGGAGGUGACGGUGAUGAUGGUGGUGUCGAUCCACAUGCCCCAACUCCUGCACCCAAUGGUUCCGGCUCCAACGCUACUGCAUCUCCAACUUCCAUGGAUUCUUUCGCCGUUCGCCCAGCACCCUAUGCUCUGUACUACACCUUUGACAACGAUUCUGUUGGUGACGCAACUAUUGAUCAGUUCAAUGAACUUGCUGAUCUCACCAGAACUUUCUUGGACGAGUACUUCACUGACAAAUAUGGGCAAACAAGCAUCAUCGAGCUUGAUGAUUUCCUCACUUUCUUGACUAGAAGCGAUGCUACAACUCGACCAGCUAUGGCUGUCUACCGAUCUGUAGCAAGAUUCAACCCCCGAUCAAUCUUCUAUCCCCCACGAUCUGAGAUUGAGUCGGAGAUUGAACUUGCCUUCACCGAACCUGCCAGCCAAUUGGCAUACUUGAAGAAGUUGUCCGAUGACUUGCCAACAGGGAAUCCUUUCAAGACAGUUGCUUCCAUUAGAUAUGGAGAGCCUGCUGACAGUGAUUCCGUCGCUGCAUCAAGCGUUUCUGGAUUUGCGACUGCCGGCAUCGCUGCUGCAGCAGCUGGUGUUGUUGUCCUUGUUGCAGGUCUAGCUUUGUUGAGCCGAAACCGCAAUGGAGGCGAUGAAGAUGCCAGUGUUGAAAGCUUCCCUCCAAAGGCCUACAAGAAGUCUUCUGCAGGAUCUGUUGCCGGUGAGACUUGCGCAGGUACCACAUGGAGAUCAACUGUGAAUGAAGAAGAGCUUCAAGACGAACCUCUAGAUGACGCGCCAAGGCAGCAUACGUCGAAAUUGAAUGCCGAAUACUGA